UAUAGAUACUGUCAUGUGGGAGCUCUGUUGUGGGUCUCUUGAAUAGCACAUAGUCAUCUCAGGGUGGUAAAAAUUAAAAAAUAAAAGAAUCUCGCAUCUCGUUUUUUGUUAGUCUCAGAUGAAGUGGCAUUAGGAGCUGAGGCAACUGAGCAUGAUUACCUUUCAGCAGUCCGGAGCUCCAGAGACCCUCAGUUCACUGCGCUGUGUGAGCCUGCAAGUUGUGCCGAAUUUGCCCAAAGCUGCUGUUAAGUGUAAGUUCUCACUGGAGGAGCUAACAACAGCUACACAUAUGCCAGUGAUACAGAGCUCUGCUUAGGUUAAUUCCGUUGAAGCAUCCAAGUUAAAACGACUGCAAGAGGGAGGUGCCUAUUACACCAUUCUGCUUGUGAAGUCUACAGCAGUGACCUCUUCCAAUCCACGGCUCCUGACUGCAAUUGUGCCACAAGCUUUUUCUGGAAACCAGAAAGUAUUUAGGAAACAGUAUCAACAUAUUUUUCUUUUGUAUUCUUUUUAUUUUAACACUGAAACCAAUGAAGCCAGGUGCAUCAGAAAUCCAUAAUUUGCUGGAGACAAUAAUUAUCCUCAGUUGUCUUUGUGGGAUUGGUCUGUCUGAACUGUCAGGGUCCAAUUUAAAGUCCUACCAAACAGAAGAGGCCCCCCGAAGGUUGAAGCGCAGCUGGGUUUGGAAUCAAUUCUUUGUGUUGGAGGAGUACACAGGCGACGAUCCACUCUAUGUAGGAAAGCUUCACUCUGAUGUUGACAAAGGAGGUGGCAACAUCAAAUACGUCCUGUCAGGCGAGGGGGCAACCUCCAUCUUUAUUAUUGAUGAAAAUACAGGGGAUAUUCAUGCUACAAAGAGGCUGGAUCGUGAAGAGCAGGCCUAUUACACCCUUCGGGCACAGGCAGUCGACCGGCUCACCAACAGGCCUGUUGAACCUGAAUCUGAAUUUGUUGUUAAAAUACAAGACAUUAAUGACAAUGAGCCAACGUUUCUGGAUGGGCCUUACACAGCAGGAGUUCCAGAAAUGUCUCCAGUGGGAACCUCAGUUGUGCAAGUGACAGCCACAGAUGCUGAUGACCCUACUUAUGGAAACAGUGCCAGAGUUGUCUAUAGCAUUCUACAGGGACAGCCUUACUUCUCAGUGGAGCCUAAGACAGGCAUCAUCAGAACUGCCCUUCCCAGCAUGGAUAGAGAAGCUAAGGAUCAGUACCUUCUGGUCAUUCAAGCAAAGGACAUGGUCGGACAAAUGGGAGGACUAUCUGGAACAACCUCAGUCACUGUCACCCUCACUGAUGUGAAUGACAAUCCACCACGCUUCACACGCAAAUCCUAUCAAUACAAUGUACCAGAGUCUUUGCCAGUGGUCUCGGUGGUUGCCAAGAUAAAAGCAGCAGAUGCUGAUUUGGGACCAAAUGCUGAAAUGGACUACAGGAUUAUAGACGGGGAUGGCCUUGGGAUGUUCAAAGUUUCUACAGAUAAAGAGACACAGGAGGGAGUCAUAACUCUUGAAAAGGAGCUUGAUUUUGAAACUAAAGCAAGCUAUACCUUGAGAAUAGAUGCCACAAACAAAAACAUCGACCCUCAGUUUUUGAGCCUGGGACCAUUCAGUGAUACAGCAAAUGUGAAGGUUGUUGUGGAGGAUGUGGAUGAACCGCCUGUUUUCACUUCUGCGGUUAACAGAAUGGUGGUUUCUGAGGCAGCUAGAGUUGGGACUAUCAUUGGAACUGUAGCUGCUCAUGACCCUGACACUUCCAACAGUCUAAUUAGGUAUUCUAUAGAUCGGAAUACUGACCUUGAGAGAUUUUUUAACAUUGAUGCCACGACUGGUGUAAUAAGCACUGCUAAGCAACUGGACAGAGAAAUGAACGCAGUUCAUAAUAUCACACUUCUGGCAAUGGAAAGUCAAGACCCAACGCUAGUUGGAAGAGGAAUCGCUAUUAUUUCUGUUUCUGAUAUCAAUGACAAUGCACCAAUGUUUGCAAUAGAAUAUGAAACUUUUCUUUGUGAAAAUGUUCAGCCUGGACAGGUUAUCCAGACAGUAAGUGCUGUUGAUAAAGAUGAACCGCUCAGUGGUCACAGAUUUUACUUUGCCCUGACUCCUGAGGCAGCAAGCAAUUUAAACUUUACCCUUCGAGACAACAAAGAUAAUACAGCCUCAAUCCUGACCAAAAGAAACGGCUUUCGAAGACAAGAUCAGUCUAUUUACAAGUUGCCAAUUUUUAUUAUGGAUAGUGGAAGUCCAUCCCUUAGCAGCACUAAUACUCUGACGAUUAGAGUAUGUGACUGUGAUCCAGAUGGUACAGCCCAGUCGUGCAAUGCUGAAGCAUACGUGCUACCAGCCGGACUCAGCACUGGUGCCCUUAUAGCAAUCCUGGCUUGUGUCCUAACAUUGCUAGUUCUGGUGCUGCUCAUUGUCACAAUGAGAAGGCGGAAGAAGGAACCACUGAUAUUUGAUGAGGAGCGGGAUAUUCGAGAGAACAUUGUCCGCUAUGAUGACGAAGGAGGAGGGGAAGAAGACACUGAGGCUUUCGAUAUGGCUGCUCUGAGGAACCUCAACGUCAUACGAGAUACCAAGACACGGAGAGACGUAACUCCAGAAAUUCAGUUUUUCUCCAGACCUUCAUAUAAAAGCAUUCCAGACAAUGUUAUUUUUAGAGAGUUUAUAUGGGAUCGACUAAAGGAAGCUGACAUCGAUCCCAGUGCUCCUCCAUAUGACUCCCUGCAGACUUAUGCUUUUGAAGGCAGCGGCUCUGUUGCAGAGUCACUCAGCUCCUUGGAGUCACUGAGCACAGACUCAGACCAGAAUUAUGAUUACCUCAGUGACUGGGGACCUCGCUUCAAAAAGCUGGCAGACCUGUAUGGAAACAGAGAGGACAAUGUAUUCUCUUAGCCUUGGAGCUAACUUUGAGAAGGCUUUAAAGACAUUUAGUUUGAUGGUGUAAAGAUGUGAAGAAACAAAACAAACAAUUCUAACCUUUAAGGUUUGUGCAUUCAUACCUUAUUUGGAGUUGCCCAAGAGACUAAGUAAAAUGAACAAUUUACUAUUUCAAUAACAUUAGAAUCUCAGUAAUCUCUGAUUAGAUAACUGUUUUAGGCUAACAUGGGAUAAUGGCUCAUGUGGUAAGAGGCAAGGCCCAUGCUGCAUCAAAAUCACAAAAUGGUGCUGAGAUUCUCAUUCCACUGCCAAGCUAAACCUGAAAACCUGUGUAUUAUUACAGCAAUUUUUCCAUAUGUUUCUUGUUCUCCGCAUGGCAUCUAAUGUUUUUUGGCUGUAGCAAAUUAAAGUACAAGUUCAGUUAUGGUACUGCUUGUAUGCUUUUAUGGUUAUAGAUGUAAAUGGGUCCUUUAAAAAAGGAAAAUGUAAAAUGGAUUUAACUGUCAAAAGAGUGGUUUCAGGUCACUGUUUCUUAAUAGGAUCUGUAUAGUACAGGUCGAGUAAAGUAUUUGCUCUAUUACUAUGUAAAAGACAUUUUACAGUUGCAAUUUUAAGUGUCAGAUACAAACAGGUUCUAAACAGUGACAGCAGAAUGUAUGUAUGCUUAGAAAUGUAUCUGCUGUCUGUUUAAGACUUCAUUAAUCUUCUGAUUAGUACAGGAGAGUUGCUGUUGUUUUAUUUUCGUAUUUGAUAAAAGGUGUUGAAUUUAUUUGUAGAUGUUAGUCUCUGUUUAGCCAUGUUUUUCCACCGCCUGUGUAAUGUGUAAACAUGUUGAUAUUGUCUACUUUUCUAUAAGGUAAAUGAAGCCUGGGAAGAUGAAAGAUGUAUUGUGCAGAAAGACUGUAUCGUGCAUUGUUAGUUUAUUUUCAAAGUUACAGUUAAAGUAUCAGAAUUAUUUUGUGAUGAUAAAUGCACUCUAUUAAUAAAUUACAGCAACUUUUCAUUUUUAUUCUUAGCACCAUAUUUAUCAAACAUUAUGUUUAUAAAUUAUAUUAGUGUUACUAAAAGUCAUAUUUAAUGUUAGCAUUAGGGAAGGACUAUCCCCUGUAUACUAAACAAAUAACAUUAUAAACUUGGAAAUAUAAUUUAGUAAUUUCAUUCAGCUGCAUAGGAUAUGAAAAGUGGCGACCAAAAAUAAUUUUGCUGGAAAGAGUUUCGAGAGGAAUCUGGGAAGGCUGAUUAAAUAAUAGGUACACAAAUUCUUAUCCAGAUUGAUAUCUUAUCCAGAUUCCAAUAUCUGGAAUGAUACUACCAUCAUACCAUAGUGACCCUACCAUCAGACUCCUGGAAAAUUAAUUUUCAUUUGGAAUUAAACUAUUCAGGCUAACCAUUGUAAAAAUGUCACUUUAAAAAACAAACAAAAAAUGUACUUGUAAUUAACAGCGACCUGCCUGGGAUUUGUAUUGUAUCAGCCCUAUCACAUUGUAGAUCUCCAUUAUUCCAAGAGACCUUCAGUUCAAAUUCAUGAAAUACCAACCAACAACUUUUUAAUUCCAUCUUCUUCCUAAUGGUGUACCCCACUGCUUUUGCUUUCGUUUGUGCAUUCUGAAUUAAGAGUUUUGUAAUAGAAUUUUAAAUAUUG